AUGGCCAAGAUAUUUGACGCUGAAGAGGUCGCCAAGCACAACACGGCAGAGAGCUGCUGGGUAAUUCUGUACGGGAAUGUCUAUGAUGUUACCAACUUCUUACCUGAGCACCCCGGAGGCUCCAAGAUCAUCCUGUCUCUCGCCGGGAAGGACGCCACAGAGGAGUAUGAUCCCGUGCACCCUCCAGGCACCCUCGAGGAGAACCUACACCCCAGUGCCAAACUCGGGCAAGUGAAUCCUGACAGCCUCGUCAAGGCCAAUGUAGUACAGGAGGUCGAGAAGGCUGUGCAAGGGCCUCCUCCCCUGGAGACAUUACUCAACCUCGACGAGCUGGAGGAGGUGGCCACCAAGCAGGUUUCCAAGAAAUGCUGGGCGUACUACUUCUCCGCGGGUGAUGACCUGAUAUCUAAGCGCUUCAACAACUCCGUGUACAGGGAUAUCCUCCUCCGGCCUCGGAUGUUCGUCGACUGCACAGACUGCGACCUGUCAACGACCCUUCUCGGGCACAAGGUCGGGCUCCCCAUCUACGUCUCGCCGGCGGCCAUGGCCCGGCUCGCCCACCCAGACGGCGAGCAGGGCAUCGCCAAGGCGGCCGCACGGUUCGGCGCCAUGCAGCUCAUCUCCAACAACGCGUCAAUGACGCCGGAGCAGAUCAUCGAGGGGUCGCCCGACGGUCAGGUAUUUGGGUGGCAGCUGUACAUCCAAAAGGACCGCGCGAAGAGCAUAGCCAUGCUCAAGCGCAUCAACGCCAUGAAGCACCGCUACAAGUCCAUCGUCCUGACGCUGGACGCGCCCGUGCCCGGCAAGCGCGAGCUGGACGAGAAGUCCAACUUUGACCGCUCGCUGACGGUCGAGGUGGGCGGCAAGGAGUCCGGGGAGAAGCGGCCCGGCGGCGGAGGUGUCGGGCAGCAGCUGUUCUUCGGCACCGCGCCGGACCUGACCUGGGCUCCAACCCUUGCUUGGCUGGCCGAGCAGACGGACCUCCCCAUCGUCCUCAAGGGGAUACAGACGCACGAGGAUGCCUACCUCGCCGCCAAGUACGCGCCGCAGGUCAAGGCCAUCAUUCUGUCCAAUCACGGCGGGCGGGCUCUGGACACGGCGCCCCCUGCGGUGCACACUCUCCUGGAGAUCCGCAAGUACUGCCCAGAGGUCUUUAACAAGAUCGAGGUGUGGGUCGACGGAGGCAUCAAGAGAGGCACGGAUGUCGUCAAGGCGCUGUGCCUUGGUGCGAAGGCGGUUGGUGUCGGCCGUGCUGCCCUCUUCAGUCUGGGAGCAGGCGGGCAAGCCGGUGUUGAGCGCAUGUUUGAAAUCCUCGAGGCGGAAACGGCAACGUGCAUGAGAUUGCUAGGGGCCAAAACCAUCUCCGACUUGGGUCCCAGAUUUAUCAACACACGGCGUGUAGAAAGAGAUAUAUACGAUGGUGACUCAGGAUUAGAGAAGAAGGGUCUGUGGUCCAAGUUGUAA